CAAAAUGACGAAUGAGAAAACUCCUCCCCACUGAAGAUAUUCAGGUGUAUAAAAGGCACAUGAAGGAACCCUGAAGACCUAAAACAUCAUUGCCAAGCUUGAGUCUUGUGGAUUUUUUAGCUCGGAAAAAAAAUGAGCGUCAAGCCUGAUGUGAUUCGAAAGUGUCUGUGGCCUGCAUGCCUUGUGGGUCUGUUCAUCACGGGCAUCCUCUCGCUGGACUGUAACUUUCUGAAUAUUCACCUGAGUAGAGUCACCUGGCAAAAUCUGAGACUUCUGAGCGUUAUGAGCAAUUCAUUUCCUAUAGAGUGUCUAAGAGAAAACAAAGCUUUUGAGUUGCCCGAAGAGAUUCUAUCGCACACCCAGCCUGUGAAAAACGACAUCAAGGAGGCCUUCUAUGAAGCGUCUAUACAGGCUUUCAACAUCUUCAGUCAAUACACCUUCAGAUCCGCUUGGGAAGAGAAACAUCUGAAACAAAUCCAAAUCGGACUUGGUCAUCAAUUGCAGUACCUGGAACAAUGCUUGGAGGAAGAAGAGAAGGAAAACGAAGACAUGAAGGAGAUGGAAGAGGAAGGGACGAAACACUCAGCAAUGAUGGUCCCCCCGCUGAGCCACCUAGAACUGAGGAGGUAUUUCAACAGGAUAGACAAUUUCCUGAAAGAGAAGAAAUACAGUCACUGUGCCUGGGAGAUCGUCCGAGUGGAAAUCAGAAGAUGUUUCUAUCUCCUUCUGAAAUCCAUGGCACUACUCAGGAGGAAAUAA